AUGGGAAUUCAGAAAGUGAAGGUCAAGGUGCUGAUAUUGAAGCUCCUCAGGUUGCAGCAAGUGUGUUAUUUCAAAGUACAGUUUAUAAUCCUGCCCAGGAGAAUGGCCCGUGAGGGGACAGAGCGCUGGCACAGCCGCCUCAGCCCGGGUCACCCUGGCCCUGCCCGGGCCCGCGUCCCCCGGAGCGCGCCCUGCAGCGCAGAACGCGGCCUCGGAGCCAGGAGCGGGGCCAAUGCCCUCGGCUCGGCAGCGGCGCCGGGAGGCGGCGGGCGGUGCCCUCAGGGCAGGAAAAAUCAUCAAACUCCUCCCAUCUUUGCCAAAAGCUUUGGUGUUUGGGCAGCCAAAGGCAAGAGGCCUCAGCACCAGGGCUCUGCUGGAGGGCUCUGGUCCUGCCCACGCUGUGGGGCUGUCCUUGCUGGAGCACCCUGGUCCCUGCCAUCCCCUGGGACACAGAGGGAGCCCUGUCCCAAGUGGCUUUGGCACCUUGGCAGGAAUGUGGCAGCAGUCCCAGAGCAGCUGGAGGAGAAAACCUCCCAGCAGAGACAGAUUGCAACGGAGGCCAGAGUUGUGUUUGGAGCAGGGAGUGCUGAGAGCUGCAUCUGCCUGUGCUGCCACAGCCUGAGCACAGCCUGGGAACAGCCUGGGAACGGGACUGGGGCAAUUUCUGAUGCCCCAGUGAGAAGAACACAAACUCAGCCAUUCAGCCUGACAGGCCCCUCCACCCAGAGCUCAGCACACAUCCUCAGAGCUAAGUCCAGCAUCCAAAGGGAAAAAACCCAGAAGAAAAAGCACCAGCAGGGAAGGGACAAGAGGAUCCCUGUGGGAUGAGGCUGGAGAGAGCGAGCAGAGGAGCAGCCUCGGGCUGGAGAAGGGCAAAGGGACCAACAUGGUGUCACCAGGGCACCUGUGAGGAGCAGAAUGGACACCUGGAGGCCACAUGGAAGAAAGGGAUGCACAUCUCUGUCUUCAGCACACCUCCAGUGGGACCUACCUGUGAAAGCUUUCCACCACUUGUGCACUUGCAGCUGGAUCCUGAAAAACCCUAAACUCCAUCCCACUGAUUUUCAGCUAUCUCUGAGGGCUACUGCCUGGGAUUUAAUGUCUGUGGGGGAAGAUUGCCUUGGCUUCAGUGCUGCUGAUGGAUGGUGGCCUCAGGCUGGGCAGGAGGGAAGGGAUUAGGGGUGGCUGGGACAUAGCUGGCAGCUGUGGGGGAGCUCUGAACCGGGAAUUGCUGCGUGAGCCCCUGUGCAAACGGGCCGUGCCUCCAUUCCCAGGUAAUGCCAGCUGCUCCUUGGGCUCCUCCUGGGCUCUUGGUGCUCUGUGUGGGCUGGAGCAUUUCCACGUGCCUGCUCAGAGCAGCCCCUGGCCCAGGAGCCACGGUGCAGGCACAGCUCCUCCUGCAGAUCCCACGGACACGAGGGGCUGCGGCCUUCAGGAGCUUCUGGCUCCUCCUGCCCUGCGCUCCCAGCCCGCUGGGACACCCUGAGGGAACACCAAGGAGCACGGCUGGCAGCGAGCAGGAGACACCGAGGCCUCUGGGCCCAGAAACAGCCCCGGCCCCAGCAGCCACCGUCACUUUGAGCUGGCAACGCUCACCUGCAGGAAACGCCCCCUGCCACUCUCCAGAGGAACUUCCCCACGGAGCAGGGUAACCCUCAGGACUUGUCUUGUUCGCUUCUUCCUGGGGAAACAACGGGACAUUGUGUGAGCACAUUUACAGCUGCUGGGUAAGUCCUGGAAAGGGCAGAAGAAUCAGGGUCAUGGGGAAGAGUUUGGUGCUGACAGGUGAGUGCCAGCCAGUUCUGCCCUACAGCCAUUGCAGGGGCUGGUGUGUAAAGCAGCAUUAGCAGAAGGGAAGGAGCUGCAUUUGUAGAGGAGGUCUCUUACUGGCAGCAGUCAUUCCCAUCCCACACAGGACCUUUGGAACAACCCUGGGAUUGGCUCAGGUGAUUGGAGCAGGGUGCUGAGAAGACCAAAAUUCUGUGUUCGAUGUGCAGCUGGGCUGGUCACUUCUCAGCAUUUGACUCGGUGAUCCUCACGGCUCUGGAAAUAAAGAACAAACAAUUGGCA